UAUUAAAAAAGAACGAGUAUUAUUGUCAAAAAUAAAUGAAAGAAUUGCCCGUAAUAGAAAGCACCAAAAACCACCAGAAAAAGUAGCAGUAGCAGAGGUUAAACUAAAGAAACAAAAGAUCACGCGAAAACACGAGGAGCUUACGGAUAAAAUAGCAAUAAAUAAACAAAAAGCCGAAACUGAAUUAAUUGAUAAUAUAGUGAAAGAGGAUCGUGAGAAUAGUGCAAUCACCCGUAAUGCUGAUAAUUCAAUCAAUGAGACUGAUUAUGAGCCAGAGGUCAAUUCUGAACGUGAUUCUACUGAAAUCGGAGAAUUCAUGACCAAUUCAAUAAAAAAUAAAAGACAAGCAUCAGAAGAAUUAACUCAAAAUAUAUUAGAAGCAUUUCCGAGAUUCGAAAUACCCAAAAAAACUGCCACUGAAAUGGCAAUAAGUAAGAGAUUAGGAAUCACCGAUUGGAUAGCGUAUCCUCUUAUCGUUGAUCCAGAAAAGACAAUACCUGUUGAUAAGAAAGAUGACGAAGGUGAUGAGAGACUUGGGCUAUCGGAGAAAUUGAUUGCGCGAUGUAAGGCGUUGGGGAUAACUGAAUUUUUUGCGGUACAGCUAGCCGUGAUCCCCAUUCUUUUAAGUUCACGGUCACUAUUAAAUACUCAUCAUCUAUCACCACCAGGAGACAUAUGCGUAUCGGCACCAACGGGAAGCGGCAAAACUUUAGCAUAUGUACUUCCGAUUAUCGAGAUCCUAUCUAAACGUAUUGUAACACGUCUUCGUGCACUUGUAGUACUGCCAACAAGGGACUUAGUUACUCAAGUAAAAGAAACAUUUGAGGCUUUUUGUAAGGGCACUGAUUUGAAGAUAGGAGUGAUAACAGGACAGACGUCGUUCGCGAGCGAACAAGCACAAAUAAUUGGAAAUAAUAAUAACUUCCGUUUGCUGGGAGGUUUCAGUAAAAUAGACAUACUCAUCGCUACUCCGGGAAGAUUGAUUGAUCAUUUGGCCAUGACACCUAAUUUCACAUUACAGCAUCUUCGUUUUUUGAUAAUAGAUGAAGCGGAUCGUCUCCUGAACCAAAGCUACCAAGACUGGUUAUCUCAUGUUUUAAAAGCCAUACGAUCCUGUACGCAAACACAGAAUAUAAAUAACAACAAUAAGGAUGAUGGAUGUCAUGGCAAAAUGGAGAACAAACUAUUACAAUCUCAAUUGUUUGCUGAUUACGACAUCUCUUCGUCCGACUUUUUAAGAGAAAUUCCGAUUCACGAUGCAGUUUGUAGUGCUACUAAUGUUCUGGGGCUACCAUCAACGGAUAUUUCAGAUGAACGUGAACCAUUCGAAUACAUGAUAAUCACAUCAUCUUCAGAAAAACCUCUUGUCGUUCUUCAUCUUUUACAUAAUUAUCACAUUUCCGCGGCACUUUGUUUCACGAAAUCAGUCGAAUCGGCUCAUCGUCUUUCAAAGUUAAUUCAAUUUUUUGAAGCUUCGUUCUCUAAUAAUGCAGGGAAACCCAGUGACAAUGACAACAAAGACAUCGACGAAAAGCAGAUAGUUGCGACUGAAUAUUCGAGCGAUUUGUCAAAAAAAGAAAGGAUUCAGAUAUUAAAUAAAUUCAAGGCGGGAAAGAUCCACAUGUACUUGAUUGCACGUGGAAUUGAUUUGGAUUGCGUGGAUACCGUAAUCAAUUAUGACGUUCCUUUGUACAUGAAAAAGUACGUGCAUCGCGUCGGCAGAACGGCACGUGCUGGCAGAGCAGGCGAGGCUUAUUCACUCAUUGAGACUCAAGAGGCGAGGCAUUUUAAAGAAAUGUUGAAAAAAGCCAAUCAUUUGGUCAAAGUGAAAAAAAUCAAUGUCAAACAUGAACUAUUGGUCCCGAUGGAACAAGCGUAUCAGCAUUCGCUGAAUUCCCUCAAAAAUUAUAUGACACGUGGAAAAUCCUCGGUAAUAAAUUACCAGAGAAGAGUUAUGGUGAAUGAGGCUGAUGGUAUAUAG